CCAUUGAAGAAUACAUCUUAGUACUAGCUGCUAGCAUAUCCCACACUACUCACGCUAACAAUGUCAAUUAUGUUCUCGCAAGAGCUUCCCAUCUACACAGCACUCCUGCUACUUGUUCUUCCCCUGUACUACUUGUACUCCAAGGCUAGUUGUAGAUCAAAGAACCCAGCGGUGCUCCCCACAAACUGGCCAAUACUGCGCAUGUUCCCUUCCUUCGUGGCCAACCUCCACAAGAUGAAUGACUAUUUCACCCUGGUCCUCGCCAGAUCAGGCCACAACUUCAGGGUGCACGGCCCACCCGGGACCGGGAUGCGGUUUUUCGUCACAUGCGAUCCUGCCAACAUCCGGCACAUCUUCACAACGAACUACACCAACUUUCCCAAGGGUGCAGAGUUUGCCGCAAUCUUUGACAUCAUGAGCGGCGGCAUCUUCACCAUCGACGGUGAGCCAGCUUGUCGGCAGCGCACGAAAAUCAAGAGCGUGCUCAGCAACCCACAGUUGGUUGCAAGGAUUGAGGGUUGGUCCCGCGACAAGGUGGAGAACAACCUCCUCCUGUUGUUUACGCACAUGGCGAGAACCAGCACUUCGUUCAACAUGCAAGAACUGAUGUCGAGGUUAAUGUUUGACCUUGCUGCUAUGCCUCUCUUCGGCGUGGACCCCGGCCUUCUAUCUUUGGACAUGCCUCCCAUGGAAGCCGCAGUCGCCAUGGACACAGUCAUGGAGGUGGCAUAUUUUCGGGUCGUGGUGCCAGCUUCUUGUUGGAAGUUGAUGAGGCGGCUGAACAUCGGCCCUGAGAGGAAGCUCAAGGCAGCACACAAGGAUGACAUGUUCAAUGCAUUGACCAUUAGCUACAUGAUCGCUGCGAGGGACAUAGUUGGAACGGCUCUGACAUGGAUUUUCUACAACCUUUCCCAGAACCCUAAUAUUGUGUCAAUCAUCCGCAAUGAACUGUCGCCGAUCGCAUCAUGCAAAGUAGCGGCCCAUCCAGAUGCCAUGGUAAUCUUUGAGCCGGACGAGACCAAAUCUCUAGUCUAUCUGAGAGCUGUCUUGUACGAGACUCUAAGGUUGUACCCACCGGCCCCUCUCGAGCGCAAGAUGGUGGUCACCAAUGAUAUCUUGCCGAGUGGUCAUGAGGUGCAUGCCGGCGACACCAUCCUUAUUUCUCUCCAUUCCAUGGGAAGAAUGGAGGGCAUAUGGGGUAAAGACUGCCUCAACUACAAUCCAGAUAGGUGGCUCUCGGAGGAUGGUAACAAGCUGAGGUACGUACCAUCUCACAAGUUCUUGGCCUUCAACUCGGGUCCGAGGAUGUGCCUCGGCAAGGACAUCGCGGUUAUGCAGAUGAAGACCGUCAUUGCCUCAACGUUGUGGAACUUCGAUGUGGAGUUAAUGAAAGGGCAAUGCAUCGAGCCUAAGUCAUCUUGUAUACUGGAGAUGAAAAAUGGGCUCAUAGUUAAGCUAAAGAAUCGAGAAAUGUUACAUUAG